AUGAAAAGGGAGGGAGAGGGGGUGAACGGGAUAAAAAUGGAGGGACCGGGAGUGUCAACGGUUUGUGAGACUCAAAAGCUUCAGGAAUUUACCGAAAAUAAAAAAUUCAAGAAUUUAAGUCAAAAUAAUGAAGGAAAUCCCCAUAGUUUCGAGAAUUGUGACGAAAAAAAAACUUUUUGCCCUGAAAAUUGUGUAAAUGAAGAGGCUGGAGACAAUUUGCCUAGAAUUGAUGAGAAUUCUGGAUGUUUAACACCCCCUGCGCCAUCCGAGGAGUGUGAGCCACCCCUCGACAGGUGGACAGGACUCGCAAAGCUCACAGGAACCAGGCCAACUGUUGGUAACUUCACCAUAGCUCGAUACAGCCCUGGAGAGUGGCAGAAUAGUUACGAAGAAUUUCUAAAGGAUUCGAAAUAUCGCGUUCGUGAGGCGAACAAUCACGAGUUCAAAACAAAACUCCUGGAGUCCCAAAUCUUCCCUCAAACAGAUAAAGAACAGCUGGACAACAGUCUCUUAUUGAGAGCGCGAGCUGCAGAAAUUUUCCUCUGGAAGACUGAAUUGAAUUUCGUAAUCAGAGAAGUUGAAUCCGAAAUAUCGAAAAUUCAGGGGGAAAUCAGGAGAUUAGGGAACUGCUCGCAGGCUGUUGAGCUGAUUAAGAACAUGGACAGGGAUAUUCAGAGGAUCAGGAAGUCGAGGGGACAGACCGACCUCGUGCACGACGCUCUAGCUGAAGAAAUAAUAAAAGAAGUGAAAUUAUGCGGCGAUAUCCUCAAUUUGUACACCCGCUGCAUCGACGAGACGAAAAUGCGACUGGUGGAAUUGAAAGAUGCGAAACGGAGACUCGAACACGACUGGUCAGACAAAUCAGGUGCUUACGAUGUCGACACGACUUGUGUUGGCCUUAAAAAUAAUUCCGAGGUAUUGCAGUGGAAACCGGGGAGCGUCCAGGUGCCUCCAGACCAAUCAACUCCUGACGGACACACAUCUUUCGUUAAGCAAUCGAUAAUUUACGCAAAAACAGCGAUCAAUCGGUCCGAAGUACUGCGAGCGAAUAUGAAAGAGAAUACUGCGUCGUGUGUGAAUGAUUUGAGAAAACAAGCUGCUGCAGUAGAAAUAGCCCUCACUGAUCAGAUUGUUUACCUCACGAAGACCGUCAGAAGCCUCGAAGCUGCAUUAAAAGACUGCUUGAAGAGGCUUUCAGCCAACGAAAUCCUGAUAAAUAAGACGAAUUUGGCUAUCAGAGGGCUUGAUGGGCCCAUGAAAUGUGCUCAGACACGUCUAGGGAUGAGACUAACACGAGAAAAUAUUGAGAAUUGCAGAGAUGACUCUCAAAACGGACUCAUUGACGAGACGAACAACAUCGCAGAAGGCGCGACUGCACUCGCAGGUCAAGUAAAAACAGCACAGGACUCCACAAGUUCACUGAUUGACUUGAGAAAAAAAAUAGAAAACGACAUUCUCGUUAAAAACAAGAGCCUGUGGAUAGAUCGGGAACGUUGCAGGGUAAUGAGGAGUUACUACCCCUCGAUUACAGCCUUAUCUGGGUAUUAAAGGUCUCAUUAAACAAUUUUCUCAAUUAAAAUGGUGAAAAUUUAAUGAAAACGCCAGAGACACUACAUCGAUAUAUAUUUACAUACAAACCAGUUUUUAUUUAUUGAUAAAUGACACGUGAAAAUAAACCCUAA